AUGAGUCCUUUUUAUAAAGGUAGCUUGGGGACACAAAAUGUCAAAGUAUUGAAUUUGCACUUUGGUCAAAAAAACAGUUGGGCUUUCACAACAUUUUGGUCAGAAGAAGGUUCUGAAGAGAUUAAACCUUCUGGUUUGACAAGCGAACAGAUUCUCAAUUUUAAUGAGGUGGAAUUCCUCCUCACAAACGUAUGCGACACAACUUCAAUUGCAGAGCUUGAAUUAAAAGUAAUGAGGGGUUUGACUGAAAAUACUAAAACCCUUCCUCCUCCAAUUCCUGCUCUAGAAAGUAUAAAUUAUGUCGUCGAAGCACCUGUUUCUACAUCGUCAUCAUUGGCCAUCUUCAAUCCAGCACCUUCUUCAUUGUCUAUCCAGGGAUUCCUAGACAAAGCUGCAGAUGAAGGGUUGGUGAUAAUUCAAUCUCCAGCGGUGGGCUUCUUCAGAAGAUCUCGAACCAUAAAGGGAAAACGUACUCCUCCUAGAUGUGAAGAGAUGCAAAUGAUUGAGGAGGGACAAGUGAUCUGUUACCUUGAACAGCUUGGUGGAGAUCUGCCAAUUGAGUCUGAUGUCUCUGGGGAGGUCAUCAAGAUUUUAAGAAAGGAUGGUGAUCAUGUUGGUUAUGCUGACGCACUUAUAGCAGUUUUGUCGUCAUUUCCCGGAAUAAAGACGCUUCAAUAG